AAUCAAUGUUUAAUAAUCUACAAAUCUAAGCAAUAACUCUCUUCCUCCUUUGUCAUCCGAGUAAAUAUUUCAAGAAUACAAAAUUAAAUGUAGGUAAGGACCAAAUAAUCUAGGAACAAAUCAUCAGACAUUAAUGAUCUUCCUAAUUUGCAUGAUGCCUUUAUCUAUUUCUAGUCACGACCGAUAUUCACGCAAAUUAAAUAAUAAAAAUAAAAUUUAGCAAUUAAGCAUGGAAUUAUUAGUAACAUUCCAAUUACUACUUUUUCUCUCCUCUGCAUUCGCUUGUUCCUUCUCUCUCCAAGCUUCUUAUACGACUAACGCGACCAGCCACGGAUUCGGCAUUCCCAUCAUCCACCGUGACUCUCCGCUCUCCCCCUUCUACCGCCCAGACGCCACCAUCUUCGAACACUGGGAUUCAGAACGCCGCCGCUCGACCGCACGCUACAACUACAUCCUCUCGGCUACCCUUGAUGACGUACUGACGCCAGUGUUCCCCGACGGCGGCAGUUACCUGACGCGGCUGGCAAUAGGCACGCCGCCUUACAAACUCUACCUGAACAUCGACACCGGCAGUAGCCUGAUAUGGACCCAGUGCCUCCCGUGCCCGCAGUGCUACCCUCAAAGCUACCCGCCCUUCGACCCGAACAAGUCGUCCACCUACGGGAUCUACGACUGCAACUCCGCUGGCUGCAAUGAGCUCUCCAAAAGCAUCUGCAGCUUGGACAAGAAGUGCCUGUACAGCGUCUUCUAUGGUGACAGCUCCUACAGCAAAGGCUAUUUCUCGUAUGACACAUUCACCGUCGGGUCCAACAGCGGCAAGGACAUCUCCCUCAGCGACGUGGCCUUCGGCUGCGGGGAAUACAACAAGGGUGUCUUCACCCGUAACGAAGCCGGCAUACUCGGGUUGAGCGGUGGGCCGUUGUCGUUUGCCAGCCAGGUGGGUUCAGAACAGUUCUCGUACUGUCUAGGGCCACCGGGGUCACAGGGCAGCCAGCUGGUCUUCGGCAGCAGCGCGCUGAUGGCAGGCGGCUACACCACUCUGGAGCUCGUAGAGCGGGCGCGCGGAGUCGUUUUUUACUACCUAAGCCUCACGGACAUCAGUGUUGACUCCGAGAGGUUAUACUUGCCCCCCGGAACGUUUAAAAGAGCUACUAAUGACAGCGGCGGCAUCUUAAUCGACUCGGGCGCAACAUACACAUAUCUAUUCCCUGCAGCGUAUGACUUGAUUGUGAAGAAAUUGGCAGGCAAAAUAACGUUGAAGCCCAUCGGUGGGGGCGACGAUGCGCCGGCAUUGUGCUACCAGGGGACGAAGGCUGAUUUGAAGGGAGGGAAGAUACCGAACCUCACGUUCCACUUCGCGCUUCUUGAUGUCGUGUUGCCGCCCGAAAACUUCUUCAAUUUGAAAGACAAAUCUGUUUUGUGCUUCGCCAUGGUGUCUGUUACUGACGUGUCCAUCUUUGGCAGCAUGGCGCAGCAGAAUAAGAACGUCGGGUAUGACGUGAUCAACAGGAGGCUCUAUAUACAAGAUGUCGCCAGCUGCUAA